CUUCCUCUUCUGCCUAUAAAAGGAGCAAGCAUUGUUACCUCUCAUAACAUAUCACCACUUACCACUCUUUAUAAGUGAUUCUCAGACCAAAACUAGCUUAUUAAUUGUUCCUUUCCUACCUUGAAUUAAUUAAGAAAUGGCAUCUAGCUCAAUGUCAGCUUCUGGCUCAUGGAGUGUUAAGGAGAAUAAAGCCUUUGAAAGAGCUUUAGCUGUUUAUGACAAAGACACACCAGAUCGUUGGUACAAUGUAGCUCAUGCUGUUGGUGGCAAAACUCCUGAGGAAGUUAAGAAACACUAUGAACUUCUUGUUGAGGAUAUUAAACAUAUUGAGUCAGGGAAAGUUCCAUUUCCAAAUUACAAGAAAAUUUCAGUGUCUCAUGAGGAGAAAAGGAUGAGGAACAUGAGCCUUCAUUGACCAACAAGUGCAAUCAACAGCAACAAAUUUUAUUUUUUAUUUUGUUUUUUCAGUUUGAAGUAUCCUAAUUAAUGGUAUUGAGGGGUGUUAUGUCUCAAAUAGUGCUAGUGUAAUAGCAUUAGAGUAUUAGUCAUAAUAAUCAUAUUUUACUAUGAUUCUAUGCUUUACUCUUUUUUUUUUUUUUUUUUGGAUAAAAUUCCAUGCUUUACUUUCUUGUUGUUGAAGCAGCCUAAGAUAAUCAACAACUGUUUCACCUCCUCGUUCUUAAUAAAGUUGUAAUAUUUCUUGUUUAAUUAUCAAAUAUCAAUAACAUGUAUCAUUUAAGACAA